AAAAAACAAAAAAAACAAACAACGACAACAAAAAACAACAAACACAGUCACUCGCGCGCACAGACACAGCAAAAGACAGCCACCACCGUGGAACCAAAACCCUAAACCCCCAAAACUCUCAAACCCAGAAACAGCUUUUCCUCUUCCUUCACCAAUGAAUUCAGACCCAGAAGACGCCAAAUCCCCACUAACCCAAAACCAUGAAACCCCACCAAAGAAAAAGAAGAAAAACAAGCACAAAACCCCUCAACCGCCACCACAACCACCUUCACCUCCACCACCUUCACCACCAGUCCAAGCCAAAGUCCAAGCUCUCAAAGAAAACCCAAAAAAGUUUCCACCUUUUGUAGCUUACUUUCCCUCUGGUUAUGACCCAGCGAAAAAUCACAGCAAUUCUGAGCAAAUUGAUGGUCAUGAGUCAGCACCUAGUGUUAAGGUUUAUAGGAGCCAGGAACGACCUCAGAGGGUUGAGAUGGUGGUAACCCCAACUGGGUCUAAUGUGGAUUUUGUUGGGUCUAACUAUUCUGGUGAAUCCACUGGUGGCCACCACUGUAGUUAUGCACUUGGGGUGUUUGAUAAAGAGUCCCAGAGCUUGAAGAUUGUUCCUGUCGCCUUUGACAAGGUAUUUAGACUAGAACCAAAAGUCAGAGGGUUAGAAGCUGCUGAUAAGAAAACUGAAAGCCCGGUAAAGGAAGAGCUUUCUGCAGUAAAGAAGGCAGACAGAUUUAGAGAGCUUACUAAUCUUUAUGGAACAAAGAAGGCAAGAAAUGAGGCUAAAAAGAAGCACUCUCUGAAUCAAGAAGAUGAUCCCAAUUCUCAGAAGGUGCUAGACAGGAAAAUCAAAGAAGUUAAGAUAAAUAAGGAGGCCCUUAUAGGUUCAGAUGGUGCUGAAGCCACUGUUGCUCGCAAUAUCCCACCAUAUGAUGCCAAUGCCACUAUGCCCCAGGAGGCUUAUCCACUGGACAAGAUCAUUCUCAUGGGAGAGUGGGAUUACAUUGCAGAUAUUUUUGAGCUUUUGCAAGAGAAACCAAAAUUGGCCUCCAAUGCCUACCCAACCUUUGUCAGCAACAGAAUUGAUAAAUUGCAGGGGAUACAGGAUGAGGCAGAGAAGAGAACGCUUUGUUGCAUAUUCUCAUACAUUACUCAUCUAAUAAAGUUCAGAGAUCAGCAUUCCAUGGAUGCUUUUUCCUCUGCAAAGGGCCACAAGAUUCCAGGCAUUCUACGCAAUAGGUUUUCAACCAUGUUUGCUGAUCAAUUGUCAAAAAGGCUGUCAGCUGAGAAAAAUGAUCUUCUCAUUAGUUAUAUCUUGGUGCUCACGCUAUAUGCUGAUGAAUUCCGAACUGAUCCAGCUGAUAUAGCAAAGGAUCUGAGAAUGAGUCCAAUAAAUUUGAGAGCACAUUUUGAGCAUUUGGGUUGCAAGCUCUCGCGGCAGGACAAAUUGCAGAUUUUUACCCUACCUUUACCUCUCCAAUUUCCAAUACUUAGGCAGAAGCGGCGACGAUAGAUGGAUGAAUUGUGUACUCUUUGUUCCGCUCUAGCAAGUUAAUUAUAAAUUUUGCGAUUUGUGAGUCCUGAUGUAGUGAUUAUCUUACAGCAAUUGGAAGAAUAUGGGUGCUUCUAGUAUGGAGAGACUGCACACUAGUUACAGGAAAAGUGUUAAAUUGUUUAUUAUGAAUUUCAGAAAAGUUUCAAGAUCUUUUUUGCAGUAA